AUGUGGUAUUUUGAUACCCACGGACACCCUUGGUAUCCUGCGGUUGCAGGCAUUUACCUGGGAAUUACGGCCGCAUUUCUUUGGACCACCGCCGCUCUCAUUGCCAAUGGCUAUUCCGAAGAGAAGCAACCAGGAUUUUGGCGUGCCAUGCAGUGGACUAGCAAUGUCGGCGGUGCUACAGAAGGCGGAUGUAUCGCUCUUGGGAUCAACUGGAACGCCCACUCGCUGGGGGUUCCCCAUUCGGUCUACAUCACUUUCAUCAUCAUUCAAUAUGCUUCGAUGGCUCUUGCAUUCAUCCUCGUCGAUGCCGACAAGCUUCGAAGGAACGACGGCACCGCCAUCGCCAAAUACGAACAUCUCUCAGCCUGGCAAGACGUCUAUCAAACUGUGGCCCUCCUGAAAGACCCAGUCAUGCUACUUCUAAUCCCCACAUUCUUCGCCCCGGAAAUCUUCUUCCCAUUCAUGGCAUCAGUCAACGCUUACGCGUUCAAUCUCCGUACUCGUACGUUGAAUGCCAUGCUCGGAAAUGCCAUUCAGAUUCCGUGGACUCUGGGCUAUGGCUGGCUACUCGACAAUCCAAAGUUGGGAUCCAGGCGGAAGAGAGCAAUAAUCGGGAUCGGCAUUCUGGCCACGUACAUUACCGGGACCUACAUCGCGCUGACCAUUUGGCUCCAUAGCUGGAGCUUCGAUCGCUCUCUCGCAGGGCCAGAAAUCGACAUCGAGGAUGAUGCGUACCCGGGUGCCGUGGUGCUAUACUUUCUCAUGGUCAUCCAGUACGGGGUCUUCCAAAACACGGUAAUCUACGUCUUUGGAUGCUUGACCAAUCGACUCGAGAAGACCGCCCGCAUCUCGGGACUAUUUAUUGCCUGGAUCUCCGCCGGAACCUGCGUCAGCUUUGCAACCGACGCUACAGCCCAACCAUAUAGCAACGAAGGAGCGGCAAUCUUUGCCCUGACCACAAUCUGCUGGCCCAUCUUGUGGUUCGUCGUCAAGAAUUACACCACUGCCACCCAGUACUAUAAGGAGGAAAACGUUGUGGUUCCGAUCCAUGUUAGGAAGGAAAUGGGAUAUUUGGAAGAUGCCAACGGAGAAGAAUUGUCCUUCACAAACACCAAGACCAAAGACCCCAAGACGGCAGAUCACAGCGGCGAGACAGUGAAGCACUGA